AUGUCUGAUCGCCGUGAAGUAUACUGCCAAGACUUUCAUCAGGGAGGGCAAGCCUGCACCUGUGAAUGCUUCACCCCACCCUCUAAUCCCGAUGCUCUGUACUACUGUCGAGAAUGCCAACAUGGCUUUAGCAAGCAUCCCGAAGCUCUGGAUCCUACAAGAGACGCACCUCGAAAGCAAGAUGGAACCACAUCUGGAAAAAAGAGACUCAUCAGCAUAUUCAAGGAAAAGACCAGUGCUGCAGGGUCUGCAGCAAGAUCCUUGCAAUCUGCUGCCUCUUCCAAAAGCAUGCUCGAUCAGAAGAUAGGUGUCGAGCAAGCAAGAGAUGAAGUCAUGAAUGGAUAUAGAACUGGUUUAAAUUCGCAGAACAAUAAGUUGCAAUUUCGUCGUGUUACCGGUAAAGCAAGGGCCAUGAGCCAAUUUGACUCUGAGGAUAAAAUUACCAAGGUUGCACAAUGGCUUCUCUUGGUGAAUUGUCUCGAUGAUGAUGGUAACCUCAUCAAUACAAUCCCACCAUCACGGACGAAGCUGCACAACAUGGAACGCCGUCAAUGCGCACAUAUCGAGACUGCUAGCAGGUUUUCCUUCAGCCGAACGUGGACUCAUGACGAAGUCAAUCAAUACCUGCAGAAUGAAGUGUUCCCUUUGGCAUUUGGAUAUGUCAAUUCGACAGAAAAGGGGAAAGGAAUUGGCAUACCUUCUUUCCCAUGGGUUUUGAUAAGCAAGGAGAGGCUCCACUACGACGUUUGCCCUGUGAAAGAUGCAAACAUCAUCAUAGCAUUGCGGAGAAGAAUUCCAGAACAUGUCUAUGCAUCAUGGGAUCCCGAAUAUCGAGAGACGGGGGAUGAUGGAAUGUUUCUCGACUCUGAUGAUGCUUCAAGUUUUGAGGCGGCAAAACCAAUAAUCUUAACACAUGCAGCUGCUGCAAAGCUCAAACGUGGGCGACAAACAUCAUUGUCCAUCGAGAUUCUCUCCGACACGGAAUACAAACCAGUCAUCAAAAAAAUGAAAGUAGGCGCUGUGGUGAAGCAGGAGCUUGAGGAGCCAGUGUCAGAUCUCCGAGCAUCGAGUAUUAUUAAUGCGGCCUCACAGGAGUCACAGCCUACGAAACUUUUUUUAGAAAGUUCUAAUGCAGAUAUCGAUGAACUCCCUGAUGUUAUUCGACACCUGUCUCUGGCACCACAGACCCCAAGCAAAAACACUAUCCCCUCCACUAGCUCUUUUUCCACUGGGUCACGUUUCGGCACCGCUGAUUUACUUUCGACACAGUUUCAUUCACCCAUUGUUCAACGCCGUCGUGUUGCCAUGCCACCCGACUUCGUAGAGCCCCAACCGUCUGAUAUCAUAUUGCGUGGUAUCCGCGACCCCGAUAGUCCAUCUGCCCCUCCUCGUAUUAAUCCCUGGUCAGAAGAUUAUUUUAUUGGUGAUGUCAAUAUUGCCGUCUAAUCUCUCGUGUCCUCUUGCCGUCUACUCAGAAUCUUUUCUAGUACCAUAAUGAUUACUAUGGAGCCCUUAAUGCCUAUGCCUUGCUACUUUUUGUUUUCGGACUUAAUACUAAUAGUUACUAGCGCUUAUAGUAGAC